CUAACUAAACCUGCUUCUCGGAACAACACCAGAGCAGCUGAGUAACACGGCUUCAAUCACAUACAAGUGAAAUCAGCUGCUUUGGUGUUCAGUCAACCGCUCACAGCGUCAGAGUCAACUUCCAAACUUGUUUUUAAAGUAUUCAGCACAGUAACCUUCUACAUAUUGAAGGAGGAGCAAUACAUCUGUGGAUAAAUGAGAAUCCGCUGAAGUUUGUCCACUGAGAAAACGACUUUAAUGACUUAUAUCCAGACCUCUUCUGGUCCACAUCUGCUCUGAGUGAGGUUGUGAUCUCACUUCUGUGUGUGUGUGUGGGACCUGACUCCUCUGAUCCUCCAACACACAAGAUGCAGAACAGGACUGAGAAGUGUGGAGCUCAGCUGCCUCUCUUUGUUGCAGCCAGCAGCUCUGAGCGAGGUCUGUUCAGGAGGAGCACCACCUACCUGGCUAAGAUCUCUGUCGUCCUGCAAGACGCUCCAGGCAAGAUGCUCACUUUUACUCAGUUGAUGGACAGACUGGCUCCUGUAAUCUCUGAAGACAAAAGAUCUGUUGAGAACAACAUCAGAGUUUGUUUAUCAACCAACAAAUGUUUUGUCAAGAUUCCAGUGAUCCCAGAUUCUCUGGACAGUAAGAGAAACUACUGGAAACUGGAGCCCAGUCAGAUCACAACAAAGAUGGUGCGUCGUCACUUCAAAGGAAUCCUGCGCCUCUUCCCUGAGUUGGCCUCCAAAGUGGAAACGGAGAACACGAGCAGAUCAUCCGAGCACUGCUCAGCUGUUCCCUCUCCUGAACCUGCAGCCUGCAGAGCUGUUCAGAUCAAAUGUGAGGUGAAGUUCAGCAGUCCUUUCUCCAUUGAAUCCCUGCUGAAGAGAGACAGUGCCUCUGCUCGGGCCUCCAGAGCUUCUCCUCUGUCCAGUGUGCCGCUCAAAGUGGAGCAGCAGCCUCGCUCCACACACAGACCAGUUUGGACAAAGAGGAGCUUCAGCUGGGACUCUGAGGAGCCUCUCCUCCUACAAGCUUCAGCUGGAAGUUCCCCAAUCUGCUCAACAGGGGGCAGCACACACCAUGGACUCAGUGCUGAUGGAGCUGCUCAGCCCAUCAGGAUGCAUGUGUGCACUGAGUCCUCAUUCCCUGUCUACACAAGAGCCAGUGCUGCUCCUUAUUUCACCAGCCCACACAGCAGUUACAUCACUUAUCCUGUACCCGCAUUUACCCAUGAUGCUCUCCGUUUCUAUCUGUAAAAGUAUUUUUCCCGUCUACCGAAUUGCACUUUUUAUAUGUUAUGCGUUUUUGAGUGGACCGUUCAGAGACUUUUCUUUUAAAACCAGACACCCUUUCAAAUCACGCAAGGCCCAUAAAUGGUCUCAUGUGUGUCUCACUGUCUGUUUUAUUUGUGGCUGUAUUUUGUUAACUUGAUUAGGGGAGUGUGAAAUGGUUACUGGGACAUUUUAUACAUAGUUUCUUUUGUGUUUGAGGUCAGCAUCUGACCACAAGAGGGCAGCACAAUAUUUCAAAGUUUAGCUUGAAAUGCAAUAAUGUCGACAUUCUCUCUCUAUCAAACUGGGAACAAAUUAAAGAUGUUUCUUCUCCAUCCUGGGACUUUAAAUGUGAUUUUUGAUCGUU